GUUUUGGAAAAAGAAGGACGCAGCGCCGACGGCGAAGCGGGCCGCCGGUCGACCGACCGCCAAAGCCGACGACGACUAUGACCUCGCGCAGUUUGGGAUCAAGACCGUGUCCGACAAGGACGUCCAGGCGGAUCUAGCCAAGCUCAUGGCCGAGAUUCAAAGCGACACGAGCAUGGACGGUAUCAACCUCGGCGACUCGGACGAUGAAGAGGCUGCGAUCAUGCGCGAGAUCCAAAAGAUGGCGCCGUCGGCAAACCUGCAGCACGCUUUCUCGCUCGGGAGCAACGUCUCGGACGACUUGGGCGACAGCGACGUCGACGAGGACGACCCGCUCUUGAACGCAGAGCUCCAUGGCCUUCUCGGGACAAAACCACCGAGCGUUGAGAGCGAGCGGCAGCGAUUGCAAGCCCUCGUCGACAUGGAGCGGACAAAAGCGCUCGAGCUCAAGCGCCAAGGGAUGGUUCCCGAGGCCCUCGCCGCCAUGCGCGAGAUGAAGGCGUACCAAGCGCAACUCGACAACCUGCCGCCACCCGAAGCAGCUCCUUCCGCGCCCGAGGUGAGUGUCGUCGUCGAUGACGACAGCAGCCUUCAAGCUACGGGUGCCGACACGAACAAUCCCGAUGACGUCUCUAUGCUGCAUGGAACAGCCGUCUCGACGCCUCGAGACAGCCUCCUGCAGCAAGCCGAGAAGCUACGCGCCGACAUCCACGGACAGAAGCUUCAGGCGCUCGCACUCAAGCGCGAGAACCGCGUGCCCGAGGCGCUCGCGGUGUUUCGCAACGUCAAGGUGCUCGAGGCGUCGCUCGCCGAGCUCGACGCCUCCAUCGCUGCGUUGCCCGAAGAGGCGCCAACGAUUCUCCUGGAAGAGGUCCAACUGCCGCCCAUGGUCGACGACAGUGAAGACGUCCACGUCACGGACGAAGACUUGGACGAUCCGUCCUUUGACGCGGAGCUGGCCAGCUUGCACAAACCGGCCCCGGCGUCGGUACCGAUCCAGCGUGACGCCGCUGACGAUCUCAUCGAUGCGUUCGAAGACAGCGACGACGACCACGACGACGAUCACGACGACGACCACGACGACGAUCACGACGACGUCAGUGCACAGACAUCUUCGUACGCGCCCCAGGUUAUGGAAACGUCGCUGCCCGACCAGAUUGCAGCGGCCAAGGCCCUCGCCGUGCAGCUCAAGCGGGACGGGCGCAUUCCCGAAGCCCUCGAGCAGCUCCGACGCGCCAAGGCGCUCGAAGCGACGCUUGUUCCGGAGAUGGCACCUGGCCCAUCGCCCACCGAGGUUGCGCGGCUGCAGCAAUACGAAGCCGUCGAAAAGGCGCUCGUCGAUGCGGCCAACACGAGCAUGCACGCGGCCAAGGACCUCCUCGCGACCGACCGCGCCCAGGCCAUGGCCCAUGUCGAACAGCGCAAGUACUAUACAUCCGCGCUCGAGACGCUGCGGGGAGCGCGGCGCGACCCACUGCAGCCGUCGCCGACAAUCGAGGUCGUCCGCGAAACGCGGCUGGUCGAGCAUGUUAACAGUGCGGUGCGACCAGAUGCAAUUUUUGUGGCGAUUCCCGAGCUCCGGUCGACGAGUCCGUUGGACGCUUUUGUCAAGUUUUCGCUCAACGUGCCGUCGACAAACCCGCACGAAGGCGCGACACCGAGCGCCCACGGCACCUCGAGCUUGACGUUGGGCGCUGAGUUUACCUUUCCGAUCGCGCGCAGUCGCGGCCUCCAGAAGCUCGUCGAGCUGCGCAAGGCGCAGUUUGAGGUGCUCACGACCGCGGGGUUUUGGAAGGCGUCCGAGUCGCUCGGUCGUGGCUCGCUCAGCCUCGCGCCGCUCCUCAAGACGUCCGAAAUCAACUGUUGGGUACCGCUCAUGGCCAACCGGCGACCAUGCGGCAUUGACGUUCACGUGAUCUUGCGCCUGCGGACACCGUUGGGCGGCCCCGAGAUGCGACCCGUGCACAGCGAGAAACUUGUGGUGGGUCCAUACCCUCCUCGUGAGGUGCCGGUGGUCGUCCCGACGGUCGCUCCUGUGGUCACAGCCGUCGCACCAGUUGAGGCGCCGACGACCGACGUAGCGCUACCCAUCGACGAAGCCGACCCGCACAGCCUUGACAAUAUCGUGAGCUACGAGGUCAUGACCGACGAGGUGGAGCGCAUCACCAAGCGGCUCGAGGCAGGUGCGGUCCCCGAGCUCGUUGAUCGCCUCGAGAGUCUCCAACUCAAGCGCCAGCUCUUUGAGAUUGAGAUUCAGUCGGGCAAGCUCAGCUUCGAGAUGUACGUGGCACGUCUCCAAGACCGCAUUGCGCUCGACAAUCAAUUGGCGCGGUCCCUCUACAAGCAAGGGCUAAAGGGUGAUGCCGCCCGCGUCAUGCUUCGCGUCAAAAUGAUGACAAAGGAGCUCGAAUCGGCAUAAGUGAAACAAUGAAACAAAAUGUUUUGCU